UCCACCACCACCAACGUUGCCUAAUAUCAAUCAUCCACAACAGGAGAAAAAAUAUAAAAGUUAUAAAUUGGUUAGCGAUCCAAUGCUGAAAAAAGGAGCUCCAAAACUUUAUCGUUAUGAUGGUAACGUUUCAUCGAAAGAAUUGGCCAUUAUUGUUAAAGAUCCUCGUCAACAUGUAUCAUUACAUUGGAAUCUCAGGGAACCAGCUGAUUUGAUUAUUCCUCGUUUCAAAAUUGACAAAAAUUAUGUUGGAGCACCACCAUCGAUCGAAGUAUCCAUAACUAAUCUAAAUGAUAAUAUCAAUAAAUCAUUUCUUGAAGAUCAAUUGAAAAAAUUCGAUGCAAUGGAAGAAAUUGAAAUAUUUUAUCAUCCUAAAACUAACAAACAUCUUGGCUUAGCCAAAAUAAUAUUUAUGACACCAUCGGGUGCAAAAGCUUGUGUCGAUAAGUUAAAUCAAACAUCAUUAAUGGGCAAUAUUAUUAAUGUAUUUUUCGAUCCUUUUGCUAAAAAAAUUAAUCAAAUUUAUGAAUCAAUUGUCAAUCCACCACCGGCUAAUUCAUUAACAAAUGUUAAUGAAAAUAAUUUUAUCGAUCCAAAUCUACUUGAUCCAACUAAAUCAAGAUUAACAAAAACAUCUGAUUAUAGUUCCUAUGAUGUCUCAACCGAUUUUAAUUCAACUACAUUGUCAACACCUUCAACGUUUGAUAAUCAAACAUUUUAUCCAUCAUCAACCAAUACUACAAAUCAAUUCGAUACAAUAUCUACACCUGGUACAACAACCGGUUGGAAAACUAGUGAUACAAAAGAUUCAGGUAAUCAAAGUCCUGUUCGUGAAAGUUUAGAAAAGCGUAUUAGUAAUUUGUUGCGAAAAAAUUGUGUUGGGAUGGUUGCAUCAUUUUUUCCCGAUGGUUCUAAUAAUAAUCAAGAUCCAAACUUUUCACCACUGCCUCCUAUAUUGAAUAAUCAUGAACAUACAUUUCAUCGACGAAAUUCACAGAAAAAAAUUGAUGAUUCCGAUGCUAUAUUAGGAACACCACCAUCACCAUUUGUUUCAGCUUCCGAAUAUCUUAGAUGGCAUCAGGUUACUAAAGAAAUUGAUAAUAAAGAUAGUGAUAAAAAUCAGACAAAUGAAACGAUGUUCAAAAAACGUCAUAACCAAGAUGUCGAUUAUGAUGAUGAUGAUGAUGAUGAUGAUAGAAUGUCAUUAUCAUCAUUGAGCAGUGGUGAUAAUAAAUUGGAAGAUAAUUCUGUGAUUACAAAUAAUCAUCAAACGAUGACAACAUCAAUUGCAGCAGGAACAUCAAUGAAUUAUAAUGAUCUAUCUACAAUGAUGGCACAAUGGAAUUCAUCAACAGCAACUGCUUCAGUUGAUUCAUAUAAUCCAAUAACAAAUUCAUUAUUUCCACAAUUUAUGUAUCAUAGCUUUCAGGCACAGCCUGCAUUUAGUUUUUUUGAUAGUUUUUUAACAAGCUCCAUAUCUUCCAUACCACCGUCAUUCGAUCUAAAUGAUAUACGUUCACGUAUUGCAAAAUCAAAUGAAGAUAUUAUUAAAGAGUUACUUGAUGAUACGCUUAAAGCAUCGAUAAAAGAUUUAAAAGAAAUUUUACGGAAAGAUAUUUAUAAGAAAAUUGUCGAAAAUUUUUCAUUUAAAAUGUUUGAUCAAUGGUGGGAAGAUUCUGAACGAAAAUAUCCUUUUUUGACUAAUCCAAUAUUUGAAAAUUCCAUCCAAAAUCGUCAUCGUCAUCAAAUUAAUAGCUCAAAUUUAGAAUAUGGUGUCAGUCGUGGAUUACGUGCUGCAAUGGGUAAAAUGCCAUCAUUUAAAAGAAAAAUUAUUAAACCAAAAUCACCUGUCGAUGAUAAACUAUCAGACAUAUCGGAUGAUGAUGAUGAUGAUCUUGACGAAAGGCGAAUUAUUCGACGUAGACCACAUCAUCGGAUACCUCAUCAUAGACAUAAACGUUCUUCAAUUAGCUCAGACAGUUUGCCUAGUCGCCAUCAUCGACGACAUCGUAAUGAUAAAUCAUCAGAAUCAUCAUCCGCUUCAUCAUCGUCAUCUUCUGAAUCGUCAUCAUCUUCUGGUUCGUCUUCGUCUUCAUCGUCAUCAUCAUCAUCAUCUAGUUCAGAAUCCGAGUCAGGAUCAUCUUCCUCUGAAUCCACAUCUGGAUCAUCAUCUGAUGAAGAAUCAGAAGAAGAAAACGGUUCAUCAGCAUCGGUAUCUGCUUCAGUUUCAGCUGAAGAAGAAUCUGGUCCUGAAGAAUCAGAUGCCUCAGGAUCAUCGUCAUCAGCCGCAGCAGCAUCAUCAAUUGCUGAUGCUAUAUCUGUUGCCAGUUCAAUUUUAUCGAAAAAAUCUCAAACAACAAAAUCGUCAACUAAGUCUUCUAUCAAAUCUUCAUUGACUGCAAAAAUAAGUGAAAACAAAGUGAAUGAAACUAAAGCUAAGGUAACCGUUUCAAUUCAAGAUGGAAUAGAUGAUGAAUCCAUUUCUGCAAAACAUCUUGAUGAUGAUGAUGAUGAUGAUGCUUAUGAUUCGGAUUCAAGUCGUACAUGUUCAGCGGAUGAAACAAAGGAAUGUGAAGAAGAGUUAAGACGUCGAGAAUCGUUGAGCCUUAAUGGAAUGAAUUUUGACAAUAUAAAGAAUUCAAAAACCCGAGAAGAAUUUGAAGCAUCCGAAGCGCUUAUUUCGCUUGCUGCAUCAUGGUUUGAACAAACAUCGGGUGAUGAUUUUUCACGAUCUCAACAACAGUCACCAGAUUUAAAACAUUCGUUACCAUUAUCACUAAACGAUUUAGUUAACCUGGAACAUAAUUAUUGUAGGCGAAUCGUAGAAAGGCCGGAAUUAUCUCCAUUAACAGUUAAUGGUAAAAGAAAACGACAGCCUAAAACAGCUCCUGCUGAACCUAAACGAAAACGAAAGAAGAAGGAUGAAAUUGUUACCGAUGAGAAUAUUACGCCCAGUGUAUUGGCUGUUGCAUCCGAAUGGAGAAAAGCAAAACGUAAAUCUGUCAAACAACCGGAAUUAAUUUCAUCGGAAAAUCUUAUGGUUAUUGAUGAAAAUAAAUCAACAACUCCGGAACCGCCACCGAUUACAUUUCCAGUACGUAAUUCACAAACAGAAGAGGCAAUUCUAUUUGAAUUUCUUCAUACUGGUUUGGAAUUGGAAGAGAUUGCCUAUCUUAAACGUCGAUAUCAUCAGCUACUCGAAGAAGAUAAUAGCAAUCUACCAUGGUUGAAUGAUAUUCAUUGGGUUGAUCAUCCGGCUACCUAUUGGCAACCACCAAAAAAGAAACGUAAAGAAGAUAAUCUUGUUCGUGUUCAUGAAACGGGAUGUGCACGUUGUGAAGGCUAUUAUAAAUUAGAUCGUAUGGAAAAGAUGCAUCAUAUUGCUAACAUACCGAUUGCAAGUAAUGAAAUGGAAGAUACAAAUCGACCAAAACAAAUAGUUACCACACAGCAAUUAACACGAGAAGCUCGUAAUCAACGUCGACUUUAUAAUUUAGUUGAACAAGCAUCCAGUUAUCAUACGGAUCUUCUUAAAUUAAAUCAAUUAAAGUUCCGUAAAAAACAGGUAAAAUUUGCACGUAGUAAGAUUCAUGUAUGGGGAUUAUUUGCUAUGCAACCAAUACCACCAGAUGAAAUGGUCAUUGAAUAUAUUGGACAAAGAAUACGACCAAUGGUAGCUGAAAUUCGUGAGAAAAAAUAUCUAAAUGAAGGUAGUUCUUAUCUAUUUAAAAUUGAUUCGGAUACAAUUAUUGAUGCUACACAUUGUGGUAAUGUUGCCCGUUUUAUUAAUCAUAGUUGUAAUCCAAAUUGUUAUGCCAAAGUAAUAACGGUUGAAGGCCAGAAAAGAAUUGUUAUCUAUUCAAAACAAUUGAUUGAAGUUGGACAAGAGAUUACCUAUGAUUAUAAAUUUCCAAUUGAAGAUGAUAAUAAAAUACCUUGCCUAUGUCGAUCGGUUGGUUGUCGUGGAUUUUUAAAUUAAGAAAUUCAACUAUUAUUUUUUUGUUC